UGUCUGCCUAGACUAGAACUAGAACUGGGGGUCGCUUCUCCAAAUACUCACCCUUAAUGACGCCUUGUUUCUCGUUCAGUGCCAUUGCAAAUAUCUUAGUGCGGCUAACCCGGAUUGGAGAGACCAUAUUACCUAUCAUUUUCUUUUCACUGCAGGACUUCAUCUAUUUUGUUUUUCUGCAAUAUUCUUUUUUUUUUCUCGACUUAAGCCUUUCGAUUGUUUAUCAACAUCCUUCCAAUCAAUUUAGCAUUGACGACAUCCAAUUAGUGGUUAUUUUAUUCAACCUUGUCCUGCCCCGCUUUGUGAAUAGAUACGGAUAGCUGGGUUUAGCCUGGAAUCGACCAACGGUCACUGACAUGGGCAGCUUUACUUCGGCAGCAAAAUUCUCAACCACAAGAUCCCCAAGAACGACGUCUUGGCCCCAAGCAAACUGCCUGUCACCAGCAGCCAUAUCAACCUAGCUUAAUCCACCCACUUCCCGCCCACGUACAGCUGCGUGCGCAAUCCUGCGACGACUAUAAGCUGGCCCCCAUUUUUUUUUCCUUCCUGCAACCCAAAGCAUACAAAACUGUACUCGACCUCUUCUAAGCAAGCAAUACUUAAUUCCAACCGGGGAAGCACCCUAGAGGUGGAAGUUUGGUGUAACCUGUGGCUGAUUGUCGACUACCAACCACGCUCUACCCGUCCUGGAUUACAUCAAUCCUUUUUUUCCUCCGAGAAGCCAACUUAAGCUCGUACUCGGCUCAACAUCCGUCAUCAUGUUGACCUUCAAGCGCGCCCUCGUUGCGGCCGCAUUUUUCCUUACAAUCCUCUACCUUACAACGAGGCCGGCCUCCACAUCACAACUCUCAAAGUUAACAACAGAUCCCAAGGACAGCUCGGCUGACAAGCUUGCCGCCAACUCGGCCAAGAAAAUUUCCACUACAGCAUCAACACAAGAUGGCAGCAGAAACAGCAGGCUAGCCCCCGAGGGCCAGAAGCCUAUGAUGGACCCUAACAUGAGCUUGUACGACAAGCUUGCAUACCAAUACCCAUACGACGUCGAGACCAAGUUCCCGGCCUACAUCUGGCAGACAUGGAAGUGGACACCCGCCGACCCCCAAUUUGCCUUCCGCGAGCAGGAGGCAAGCUGGACAGAGCAGCACCCGGGCUUCAUCCACGAGGUCAUCACCGACACUGUUUCAGGCCACCUGCUGCGCCUGCUGUACGCCUCGAUACCUGAGGUGCUCGAGGCCUACGACGCCCUGCCGAUGCCCGUGCUCAAGGCCGACUUCUUCCGUUACCUUAUCCUGCUCGCCCGUGGCGGCAUCUACACCGACAUUGAUACGUACGCGAUCCGUAGCGCCGUCGAAUGGAUCCCCGAUAGCGUGCCGCGCGAUACCUUGGGCCUGGUUGUUGGAAUCGAGGCCGACCCAGACCGACCUGACUGGAAAGAGUGGUACAGCCGUCGCAUCCAGUUCUGCCAAUGGACCAUCCAGGCCAAGCCCGGCCACCCAGUGCUGCGCGACAUCGUGACGCGCGUGACGCAGGAGACGCUCAAGCGCAAGCGGGCGGGCCAGCUGGAUAAGACGGCCGAUAAGGGCGUCGUUGAGUUCACGGGCCCUGCCAUCUGGACAGACGUUAUCUUUGAGUACAUGAACGACCCACGCUACUUCGACAUGACCAACUCCAAGGGCGCAAUUGACUGGCGCAACUUUACUGGCAUGGAAAUGCCCAAACGGGUGGGCGAUGUCAUCGUGUUGCCCAUCACCAGCUUCUCGCCCGGUGUGCAGCAGAUGGGUGCCAAGGACUACGAUGACCCUAUGGCCUUUGUCAAGCACGAUUUCGAGGGAACAUGGAAACCCGAGAGCCUGCGUCACAUUGGUGAGCAGAAGGAAGAGAACAAGCAAAAGUAAUCAUACCCGAGCGAAACAGCACCCAACACAGCUGUCAUAUGUAUCUGUUUAUUUUCUUUUUUGUUGGAAUUUACAUGGCGUCUGAUCAUAUCAAGGUGCCCUAAAUCGAAAGGGACACCUGGAUCUUGCAAGCAUUUCCUGUGGCGAACUAUGGCGUUUUUUUUUUCUCUCUUUUCUUGUUGGCCUGUACACGACCGGAAGUAUUUUGCCCUUGAUAUACCGGGCUGAUCCAUUAUUUGUUCUUAUUUUCUUUUUCUCUGUUACAAAAAAUAUUGUCACGACUGGGGAUACCACUUUUACAAAGGACUGGAGGGCCAAAAAUAGAGAUAUAGACUUUUGGCAUGGCCGGGGGCACACGAACUCAUGGUCUUGGGUUCUUUUGAGAUUCAAGGACUUGUCUAAAACGAGUCUAAAUCAACAAUGCGCAGCUUUACGAUUAUAAGUUAUUGUUUUUUUUAUUAUUGUCGACUUCGAAAGGUUGCCGAGAACCGGAACUUGGUUCUUAUUUAUUCUUGAACUCUGAGCAGUGUAUGCACUCAUGGCUCAAAGGCUCCAUAUGAAGGAUUGAGACAAUCAAAGCUGUAUAUUAACUAGUCUAGACUAGAACCAAAAUGAUGCGAUUUCAAGGGAUAUGGCCUCAUGCAUCUGGGAGACUGCAGGGAAGUUACCAAACAUGCGAGCGAAGAAAAACAUUUGGAGCCUACCAGAACCACUAGGUGAAUGAGCUUGGCCAUUCAGUGAACACCUUGAUGCGUUUUCAGUCGUUCUGAUCCCAGUGCCGACGGCGCUUUGCUCCACAGUUGCUUUGUAC